UUUCUACGUCUUCUCUCUCUCUCUCUCUCUAAGCACGGAAAGCCAGAAUCAAUCAAGCCAUAGAACUGAUCGAGAAAGCUACCUGCAUUUCGAUAGUUGGAUCUCUGCAUGUCUUUAUGGCUUCAGAUGAACUCUCUCUCUCUCUCUCUCUUGCUAUGAACCUCGCAAUCCAAUCCGUCUUCUACUCUGAAGAGAAUCAUUGAAACUGUCUUUGAUGGGAGCUAUGGAUAAAAGUCACGCAUCAUCAUCGAGGAUUGCUUUUUUGUUCCUUCCACUGCUACUGCACAUCGUCACAGGAUCAGACUAUGUUCCGAACGAUAAAAUUCUUCUCAGCUGUGGAGCCAAUUCAGAUGUUUCUGAUUCGGAUGGUAGAAAAUGGACUACAGAUGUUGGAUCAAAGUUUGCGUCCUCAGACGGGAUUACAUCAACAGCUGCAGCUGCAACUCAAGGUCCUUCUGUUCCUUCAGUCCCAUACAUGACCUCUCGAAUAUUCAAGUCGGAUUAUGAUUACAGUUUCCCAGUGGCACCUGGUCGGAAAUUCAUCCGUCUUCAUUUCUACCCCGCUUCUUACUCUGGUCUAAGUCCCACAAAUGCCAUUUUCUCAGUGAAAUCUGGACCGUAUAUCCUUCUAAACAACUUCAGCGCAUCACAAACCACUGAAGCACUCAACUUUGCUUUGAUCGUGAAAGAGUAUUCUAUCAAUGUUCCCACCGAUUCUUUAACCUUAACCUUCAGCCCGUCUUCCAGCACUCCGAAUUCAUAUGCUUUUGUGAAUGGGAUCGAGGUUAUCUCUAUGCCUGAUAUUUACAGUACAGCCGACGGAUCCACCACUCUUAUAGGACUGUCUGGACAGUUUAUCAUAAACAAUAGUACUGCUCUUGAAAAUCUCUACAGGCUGAAUGUGGGUGGAAGGGACAUCUCACCUUCAGGUGAUACAGGCCUAGAUAGAUCUUGGUACGACGAUACUCCUUACAUAUUUUCGGCCGCCGAUGGGGUUACUACUAACAAUUAUGGAAACAUGACUAUAACAUAUCUAUCUGGUACACCUUCAUAUCUUGCACCAAUUGAUGUAUAUGGAACGGCUAGAACCAUGGGUCCUGAUCCUAGGGUCAACUUGAAUUAUAACUUGACAUGGACUUUCUCGGUAGAUUCAGGGUUUCCCUAUCUGGUUAGGCUUCAUUUCUGUGAGCUUGAUCCAAAUAAGACCAAAGUGAAUCAACGAGUAUUCGAUAUCUUCAUCGGUAAUCGAACAGCACAGACUGCAGCCGAUGUUGUUGCUUGGACAAAGAAAAAUGCUGUUGCGACACAUCAGGAUUAUGUCUUAAUCGUUCCUUCUGGCCCUCCGCAGCAAGAUCUUUGGAUCGCGAUGCAUCCAAAUCCUUCUUCGAAGCCGCAAUGGUAUGAUGCCAUCAUGAAUGGAAUCGAGAUUUUCAAAGUCAACGACUCUUCUGGAAGCCUUGCUGGCCUAAAUCCUAUCCCGAGCACAAAACAAAACAAAAUUGAUCCUAAACCGGUUCCUAGAGCUGCUCACACUCACAAGACUGCAAUUAUUGGUGGAAUUGUUGCUGCAGGUGUUCUUGCAAUGGUUCUUGUCGGUUUACUUGGUUUUGCACGUCGUCGUCUUAAGAAAGGGAAGUAUUCAAGCCCAGGCAAUGCACAAUCCGGCUGGCUGCCACUUUCUUUGUAUGGACAUUCUGUGGGUUCUGCCAAGACCAACACCACCGGAAGCUACGCCUCUUCCUUGCCGUCAAAUAUCUGCCGUCACUUUUCCUUUGCCGAAAUCAAAUCCGCCACGAACGAUUUUGACGAGGCUCUAAUUCUCGGAGUGGGUGGUUUCGGGAAAGUCUAUAAAGGAGAGAUUGACGGCGGAACGACAAAGGUAGCUAUUAAGAGAGGUAACUCCUCAUCCGAUCAAGGCAUAAACGAAUUUCAAACGGAGAUCGAAAUGCUUUCGAAGCUACGACACAGACAUCUGGUAUCCUUAAUCGGUUAUUGCGAAGAGAAUUGCGAAAUGAUACUGGUUUACGAUCAUAUGGCUUACGGUACUCUCAGAGAGCAUCUAUACAAUACCGAGAAGCCUCCUAUGCCGUGGAAACGGAGGCUCGAGAUAUGCAUUGGAGCGGCUCGCGGUUUGCAUUAUCUCCACACGGGUGCGAAGCAUACCAUCAUCCACCGCGAUGUUAAGACGACAAACAUCUUGCUGGACGAGAAAUGGGUGGCGAAAGUAUCUGACUUUGGAUUGUCGAAAACAGGGCCGGCUUUAGACCAUACACACGUGAGCACGGUUGUGAAGGGUAGUUUCGGGUAUUUAGAUCCAGAAUAUUUCAGGAGGCAGCAAUUGACGGAUAAAUCAGAUGUAUAUUCGUUUGGGGUGGUUCUGUUUGAGAUUAUAUGCGGUAGGCCUGCUUUAAACCCGAAACUGGCUAAAGAAGAAGUGAGUUUGGCGGAGUGGGCACAGCAUUGCUAUAAGAAGGGUAGUAUGGAUCAGAUAUAUGAUCCUUAUUUACAGGGAAAGAUGGCGCCGGAAUGCAUUAAGAAGUUUGUAGAGACGGCAGUGAAGUGCAUUAAUGACGAUGGAAUUGAACGGCCUUCGAUGGGGGACGUGCUGUGGAAUCUGGAGUUUGCCCUGCAGCUUCAAGAGAGUGCAGACGAGCUGGAGAUUGAGAGGAAAGAAGAUCUGAUUGAUUUGGGGGGAAAGAAAGAAGAAGAAGAGUCGGGAUUUGAUUCAAGGAGCACUACUAGUGUUGGGAUAUCGAUGUCGAGCAUCGGUGGCCGCAGCAUCGCCAGUGAAGAUUCAGGUGGGAUUACACCGAGUACGGUUUUCUCGCAGAUCAUUGAUCCCAAAGGUCGAUGAUGAACGAAUGAACUGCAUUUUCUCUUAUACAUACAUUAUUAUUAUUUUAUUAUGUUGCAGUAAUUACUUACUUAGUUACAGUUUUCAAACAUAUAUUAUUUUACUACUGUUUGUUUCUCUACCAUUUUAUGUGUUAAUAAAAUCCUAAUAGAGAAAGUCGUACUCUCUAUUAAACAACA